GUCUUCACCUCCCGUAAAACACCAGGAGAUCAGGACAAACCAGUUUAUAGUCAGAAAGUAUUCAAACAUAGGUUCCGACACACUCCAUUUCAAGAGACAGGAAUAUAAACAACAUUGAAAGAAAAAGCAGAAUUUGUUGUGUCUACUUUUGCAAAUGCAAUGACCUCUCUGGUGAAUGCGUCUGAAGAGGACAUUUCUCACAAAUUUAAGAGUAGAGUGAAUGAGCUGUUCAAAGAUGCCAUAGAUGAGGAAUCAAUGUGUGACCCCCACAACCACGGAGAAGACACUGCUUUGAAGUAAAAACAGUCUUAAAAGUAACAAGAUGAACUUCCUAGUUGUUAACUGAUGUCAUUUUUAAGUGUAGCCCUGUCAUGUUCGGCACUCCUGUGUGUGUGUGCGUAACGGAUUAGGGCGGAGACAGGCAAUCACGGGGGCAGCUGGGGUCCUGUGGUUCAGGUAUUUAGGUAGACAGCCCGGGGUCCUUAGGGCAGGGCAGUGUGGCUAGGCUAACAGCAGAGUGAGUGACAGCGUUUGGACGAGGAGCUGUUUGUGUCAGGCAUGCACAUUGUAAAGUGUGGGACCAGCAUGGAGGAGACGCCGUGACUCCCUGUAGCGUGUUCAUUGUUGGGAAGCAGAGCUGAGGUGGUGUGCGGUGCCGUGACCGUGUUUACUGUGCAGUCCAGGGCAUAUUGGGACCACAUGAAGGUAUGUACAUCUGUCUGAUAUUUCUCGCCUAUGGUGUUUUAAAUUCAGUAUGGUAGUGACAUGAUGCCUUAUUUUCUUUGUUUGACAGCUGAGCUAGCCUCCGAUCGACGCUGGUCAUUUUAUAACGCAGAUCAUACGGCACUUGGGUUGCCAGCUGCUUUUUCUUGGUUUCCUACGUGUGUUCUUUGUUUUAGUACUGUUUGUUUUUAUAUUUUUAUUUCUCUUGUCUCCGUGGUUUUGUGAUUUGUACUCCUGUUUUAUAUGCUCAAAGGUGGUCGAAGUAUGUACUGGGCUAACCGUGUGGAGUUGGGAUAUUGCUAAUUUGGGUAUCCACUAGUGUGAUUUUUGCAGUGCAAUGUAGAGUGAGUGCUAUGUGCAAUAUAGUGUGUCACUGGUUUUAAAAAUUCUUCACGUGUGGUAAGGAUAUCUUAUAUGGGACUCCCAACUCCAGCACUUUGCCCAGCAAGGUAGUGGUUUUUACUUUCUUUUAUGGAUCAAGCUGAUACGAAUACUGACAACUUCUGGGACAAUUAAUAAACUGUUUGACUUGUAUUAUUCUAAGGCGGUGUGGUCUGAGAUUAUUAAGGUACACGGAGCUUCCCCUCGCUCCAGGUCUAAACCCAGGGGUGGCGUAGUCUGGCAAUAGAUAACUUUGGAGCGCCACAUUCUGGCGUAGUCGGCAGGAUAGAACUAGGUUCCUGAAGUUGUUUUCCUGUCAGUUUGGUUCCAAGCGCAUUUGAGCUACAGGAGUAGUUAUUUAUUUUUUUUGAGAGAAAAGCAGCUGGCAAUUCAAAAGAGGAUCUCAUCAGGACCCGACCAUGGAGGACGAGCUGCAGAGGUUGCGGGAACAGGUGGAGCGGCUCCAAAGGGACAAUGAGAGACUCUCCGUGGCACAAAAUGGAGAAAGAUUUCAGAUUCAUCUACACCCAUCUGUGUGACUAUGAGGGGUGAGUCUAUGGAUCACCCAUACAGCUUCAAAGAAAGAGAUGCUCCGGUUGAUCCAAGUCUCAUUCACAGACAGAGACCAGAAUCUUAUUUAUCCAUGAAGAGUGAGCUAUCUGUGGAUGAACAAGACAACUUUGAAGAGGAAAACCCUUUUACUAAUCUGAGAGAGAUUAACAGAGAGAGACCCAAGUCAUAUUUGUCCACGAUGAGUGAGCAAUUCAUUGAGGAUUCAGACUGUUACAGAGAGGACACCUCUGCUGACCUGAGACUAAGUCAAAAAAAGAGAUUAACAUUCAGUCGUGCAUCUAUGAUGAGUGGUCACUCUAUGGAUUAUUCACAAACAGACCCUGAAAGUGAUCCAAGGUCAGCAGUUUCCAGAGACAAGAGUAUUGAUUCCAUUUUCAAGAAAGUUGAGCUAAGAGUCAUUUCUCUGGUGAAGAAUGAGCUCAAGCGGUUCAGGAACCUGCUGAGUCCAGAGUGCUCUGAGGGACAGAUGAAGGAAGAUGAGGAUCAGAGAGAGGCCAGAGAAGGAGCACUGAAGAUCACACUGCAUGUUCUGAGGGAAAUGGACCAGAUAAACCUGGCUACUAUUUUACAAGCAAAAAUGACACCUUUUUAUCAGCGGAAACUGAAGUCAAAACUUAAAAAGACAUUUCAGAGCAUUAAAGAGGGAACUGCAAAGCAACAAAACUCAACACUGAAUGAAAUCUACACAGAGCUCUACAUCACUGAUGGUGGGUAUGGAGAGGACAACAAUGAACAUGAAAUUAAGCAGCUUGAGGAGAUAUCCAGGAAAAGAGUGACAGAGGAAACAGCUAUAAGCCUGAAUGCCAUCUUUAGCCCAUUACCUGGUCGAGAUAAGCUGAAAACUGUACUCACUAAAGGAGUUGCAGGAAUUGGAAAAACAGUCUCAGUGCACAAGUUCAUUCUGGACUGGUCAGAAGGAAAAGCAAAUCAGGAUGUCCACUUCAUAUUUCCACUUCCUUUUAGGGAAUUAAAUUUAUUAAAAGGGAAAACAUUCAGUCUGAAGGAUCUUCUUUAUCGAUUUUUCUCAGAAAUGGCUGAGUUGGCAUUAAUAGGCCGUGAUUCCUAUAAAGUCUUGCUCAUCUUUGAUGGUCUGGAUGAGUGUCGGCUUCCUCUAGAUUUCCAAAACAAUGAAAGAAUGUGUGACAUUACAAAGAUAAGCUCAGUGGAUGUGCUGCUCACAAACCUCAUCAGUGGGAAUCUGCUUCCUUCUGCUCUUCUCUGGAUCACCUCUAGACCAGCAGCAUGUGGUCAGAUCCCUCCUGAAUGUGUUGACCUGGUAACAGAGGUACGAGGGUUCAAUGAUAUUCAGAAGGAAGAAUACUUCAAGAAGAGGAUCAGUGACCAGAGCGUGGCCAACAGAAUCAUCACACACAUAAAGUCAUCAAGAAGCCUCUACAUCAUGUGCCACAUACCAGUCUUCUGUUGGAUUGCAGCCACUGUUCUAGAGAGAAUUCUGAGUCAAGCAAAAAAAGGAGAGAUUCCCAAGACUCUGACUCAAAUGUUCACACAUUUCCUGAUCUUUGAAACCACCCAGUGGAGUCAGAAAUAUCAUGGAACACUGAAAUCUGAUUCAGAUCAAAUUAACAAGAAUAUUCUGGCAUUGGGAAAACUGGCUUUUCAACAGCUGGAAAAAGGCAACUUGAUGUUUUAUGAGGAAGAUGUGAGAGAGUGUGGCAUUGAUGUCAGAGAAGUGACGGUGUACUCAGGAGUGUGUACACAAAUCUUCAGAGAGGAGUUGGGGCUGCAACUGGGAAAGAUUUACAGUUUUGUGCAUCUAAGUGUUCAGGAGUUUCUGGCUGCUUUAUAUGUGUUCAUGUUAUUCAUCACCAGUAGCAGGAAAGAGUUUCAAAGACAAUUUCCUGGAUUUGUUACUUCCAUUCACAAGCCAACAAUGUCUGAUUUUCUGAAGAGUGCAGUGGACAAGACCUUGCAAAGUGAGAAUGGACAUCUGGACCUUUUCCUCCGUUUUCUUCUAGGUCUCUCACUGGAGUCCAACCAGACUCUCUUGCAAAGCCUGUGUAUACAGACAGGAAGCAGUCCAUCCCAAGAUGAAACAGUUAAAUACAUCAAGAAAAUGAUCAAGGAAACCACAUCUCCAGAGAAAUCUAUUAAUCUGUUCCACUGUCUGAAUGAACUGAAUGACCAUUCCCUAAUGCAAGAAGUCCAAACGUACUUGAAAAAAAGUGGUAAAAAUCAUCUUACCACAGUCAGCCUGUCUCCAGCUCAGUGGGCAGCUUUGGUUUUUGUAUUGCUGAACUCAGAAGAUGAGCUGGAGGAAUUCAACCUUAGUUAUUAUGAUCCAUCAGAAGAAUGUUUCCUGAAACUGCUUCCAGUGGUCAAAGCAUCUAGGAAGGCAAUCCUGAAUAGUUGUAAUCUCACAGAGAAAAGCUGUGCAAGUCUGGCGUCAGCUCUCAGCUCCUCAAAUCUGAAAGAACUAGACCUGAGUACAAAUAAUCUGCAGGAUUCAGGAGUGAAGCUGCUCUCCUCAGGACUGGAGAAUCCACAAUGUAAACUAAAUAUAUUGAGACUUUGUGGCUGUAGGCUCACAGAAAAGAGCUGUUUAACUCUGACUUUCACUCUCAGCUCAAACACAUCAAGUCUAAAAGAGCUAAACUUGGACAAUAAUAAUCUGCAGGAUUUAGGACUGGGGCAGCUGUGUGAAGGACUGCAGAAUCCAUACUGUAAACUGGAAAAACUGGGGCUGUGUAACUGCAACAUAACACAUGAAGGCUGUGCUGUUCUGGCUCCAGCUCUGAAAUCAAACCCCUCACACUUGAGAGAACUGAAUCUGGGAAUGAAUCAAAUAGGAGACGCUGGAAUUAAGCUGCUCUCCAUUUUACUGGAGGAUCCACACUGUAAACUGGAGAAACUAGAGCUGUUUGACUGCAGUAUUACAGAGAAAGGCUGUGCUGCUUUGGCUUCAGCUUUGAAAUCAAAUCCCUCUCACCUGAGAGAGUUGGACCUGGUACACAAUAAUACUGGAGAGUCUGGAGUGAAGCUACUGUCUCCUCUACUGGAGGAUCCACACUACAAACUGGAGAAACUAGACUUCUACACCUGAUCUUGUAUGAGCCUCAAGGAAAGAGUCAUGCAGCUGACUACAGAUGUAACCCAACAACUGUCCAGGAAUACAACAGAUUUUCACUUUAAAAAAUGUUUUAAAUGUAGUAUUUGUAUUAUAUAUGGAAUCAUCCAUUGAUUAACUGUGAUCAGUUAUCCCUUUAAAGUGCCAUGGGCCUACUGGUGGACCCAAAGAUUCACACACUUCUAUAACCUAAGAACAGCUCAACCAGUUUGCACUAAAGUCCAUGUAGGUGCUGAAUGAUAAGCCUUUGUAUGUAAAAAGUAUAAGAUGUCAAAGGGUUAAACAAAAACGUCGCAUCAUGUCAAAAAAUUAGAGACCAUUAUUUUUAAUGGAGGUAGGUGUGAUAUUCUUCAAAACACAUUCCAGCACUUAGUGACUCAGAGCACUGUUUCAUUAUUCAACACCUCACAGUGCACAAUGCAGCACUUUACCAGAACCAGAAUAAAUUAAAGUCAUAGUAGAUUACAUGUGGCUUGAAAAGGCACACAGAGAAAGGCAACUAGUCUUUUAGGUAAUCCAAUAAAUGUAAUGGUAAGUUUCAGACAUUCAGCUUGUAUUUUUCAGCUUGAAACCAGCUGGUUUGCGAAGAAGUAGUAAACUGAUGCCAAUCGUGAUGAGUGAUGUUGAAAACUUUAUUCCAUUCAAUUUUAAUUAACAGAGUUUAACCUGGCAAUUAUUGGUUUCUUCCUGCCAGCCAUUCUAUAGAAUUGAAUUGAGAACCAUUUGUCACUGUGUUUACACACUGAAAUUAGACCUCUGCAUUUAACCCAUGCAGUGAAGCACAAUACAUGUACACUAGUGAACACACACACUAGGGGGCAGUUAGCACACUUGCCUGGAGCAGUGGGCAGCCCUAUCCACAGUGCCU